AGAAGUGUGGUCGGCGGAGAGUCGCGGAAGCAUGGCAAUGGUUUUUGGUCGAGCUGCUCUCCGUCACGUCCCGCUACGUCCUACUAUGAACUAUUCAUCCAUCUUACCUUCAUGGAUCUUGCGCAUCCCUCGCGAUGCAUCUCCAGUUGCAAGGUUUCAAAUUCGUGCGGUAUAUUCAGAGUCCAAGUUGAAAGAAACUGCUCAACCAACGGAAGAACAGUCCAAGUUGAAAGAAACUGCUCAACCAACGGAUAGACAGUUCUCCAACACUUGGAAGAUUAAAAUGCUUUAUGAUGGAGAAUGCCCUCUUUGUAUGCGUGAGGUUAGCAUGCUUAGAGAACGAAACCAAGCUUAUGGAACAAUUAAUUUUGUGGACAUAAGUUCAGAUGAUUACUCGCCCGAGGAAAAUCAAGGCCUCAACUACAAAACUCUUAUGGGGAAAAUACAUGCAAUUCAAUCUGAUGGAACUAUCUUCACAGAUGUUGAAGCCUUCAGAAGGCUGUAUGAGGAAGUUGGCCUAGGAUGGGUCUAUGCCCUUACAAAAUAUAAGCCGAUUUUAAAAAUAGCAAAUGGGUUAUACAGGAUCUGGGCUGCAUACCGUCUGCAACUUACUGGCCGGCCUUCAUUGGAUAAGAUACUUGACUCGAAAAGAAAGUUAACAGAUCGUGGUUUGGGGAGGAUGAUUGGAAUUUCUAAGCGAGUUGGCUGACUCUACUUUUUCCAAGAAGAAAGCAUGGAGAACAAUGACACUGCACAAGUAGUUGCAGUUUAUCUCAGUCUACUGAAUGUCCUAUUAUGUUAUAUUGUCGUUUGGGUCAUACUAGUUUCCAGUAUCUAAAAUAAUUGUAUACAUUUAUGUUUACGAAUAAAAAUCACUCUAACUUCAAAUGUGAAACCUAUUUGUUAGCUAAACAUCACCGCGUUCCUUAUCCCACCCCACAAUUACACACCUUUCGCUUCUUUCUCUCUUAUUCACAUUGACUUGGACUCUCUUGCAC